GUGGUCACGUGACGCGCUCCAACAUGGCGGCGCCGCGGGGCCGCGGCGUCGCUUCCUGACAGGGCGGCGCGGACCGACGCGGCCGGUGCUGGCCGGGACGCCGGGCCCGCAGUCUCGUUCGCCAGCUCGCUCGCGCCGCCCGCCCGCGGGGCUGCCAGCCCUCACCGGGCCGGGGCCAUGCAGGAGAGCCAGACCAAGAGCAUGUUCGUGUCCCGGGCCCUGGAGAAGAUCUUAGCCGACAAGGAGGUGAAACGGCCCCAGCACUCCCAGCUGCGCAGGGCCUGCCAGGUGGCGCUCGAUGAAAUUAAAGCAGAAAUAGAGAAGCAGAGCUCUCAGAUUCUCCACACUGAAAUCAGGUCUUGGAAACUUAUCGCCUAUGGACACAUCACUGGCAAUGCCCCCGACAGCGGAGCCCCAGGGAAGCGGCUGAUCGACAGGAUUGUUGAAACCAUUUGCAAUUGUUUUCAAGGCCCUCAGACUGAUGAAGGAGUUCAGUUACAAAUAAUUAAGGCUCUUCUAACCGCAGUGACUUCCCCACACAUUGAGAUUCACGAAGGUACUAUCCUACAGACAGUGAGAACAUGUUACAAUAUCUAUUUGGCCAGCAAAAAUCUCAUCAAUCAAACCACUGCCAAGGCUACCCUUACUCAGAUGCUUAACGUCAUUUUCACCCGCAUGGAAAACCAAGUGUUGCAGGAGGCCAGAGAAUUGGAAAAACCAAUCCAGUCAAAACCCCAGUCCCCUGUGAUCCAAGCUGCAGCAGUAUCCCCAAAGUUCAGUCGUUUGAAGCAGAACCAGGCACAAAGCAAACCAACAACUCCUGAAAAAAUAGAUUUAACCAAUGGUGAACAUGCCAAGAGUGAUUCUGGAAAAGUGAGCUCAGAAAAUGGAGAUGCGCCCAGAGAAAGAGCCCCGUCACUAUCAGGGACUGAUGACGGAGCCCAGGAGGUGGUGAAGGGCAUCUUAGAAGAUGUAGUCACAUCUGCCAUUAAAGAAGCAGCAGAAAAGCAUGGUCUGACAGAACCUGAGAGGGUUCUAGGCCAGUUGGAGUGCCAGGAAUGUGCUGUUCCCCCAGGAGUUGAUGAAAACUCACAGACCAACGGGAUAGCAGAUGAUAGGCAGUCCUUGUCGUCAGCGGAUAACCUGGAAUCAGAUGCCCAAGGACAUCAGGUGGCCACCAGGUUCUCUCACAUCCUGCAGAAGGAUGCUUUCCUCGUGUUUCGCUCCCUGUGCAAGCUGUCCAUGAAACCCCUUGGUGAAGGCCCCCCAGAUCCAAAAUCCCAUGAGCUGCGUUCCAAGGUGGUUUCCCUGCAGCUGCUCCUCUCCGUGUUGCAAAAUGCUGGCCCAGUAUUCAGGACUCACGAGAUGUUCAUCAACGCAAUCAAGCAGUAUCUCUGUGUGGCCUUGUCCAAAAACGGCGUCUCUUCAGUGCCUGAUGUCUUUGAGCUCUCUCUCGCCAUUUUUCUUACUCUUCUUUCAAACUUUAAAAUGCACUUAAAAAUGCAGAUAGAGGUCUUUUUCAAAGAGAUUUUCCUGAACAUUUUAGAAACAUCAACAAGUUCUUUUGAGCAUAGGUGGAUGGUCAUUCAAACCCUGACAAGGAUCUGUGCAGAUGCCCAGUGUGUUGUGGAUAUUUAUGUCAACUACGACUGUGAUUUAAAUGCUGCUAACAUUUUUGAGCGCCUUGUAAAUGAUUUAUCCAAAAUCGCUCAGGGAAGAAGUGGACAUGAGCUGGGAAUGACACCUCUGCAGGAGCUCAGCCUGAGGAAGAAAGGCCUGGAGUGCCUUGUGUCCAUUCUCAAGUGCAUGGUGGAAUGGAGCAAAGACCUGUAUGUGAAUCCCAACCACCAGACCAGCCUCGGUCAGGAGAGACUCACAGAUCAGGAAAUGGUGGAUGGGAAAGGCCUUGACUUGGCCAGACGGAGCAGCGUGACAUCGAUGGAGUCCACAGUGUCCUCAGGGACUCAGACAGCCGUUCAGGAUGACCCAGAGCAAUUUGAGGUCAUCAAGCAACAAAAGGAAAUCAUUGAACACGGCAUCGAGUUGUUCAACAAAAAACCCAAGAGGGGGAUCCAGUUUCUCCAGGAGCAGGGCAUGCUGGGAACAUCAGUUGAAGACAUUGCCCAAUUCCUGCACCAGGAGGAGCGCCUGGAUUCUACCCAAGUAGGUGAUUUUCUGGGAGACAGCACAAGGUUCAACAAGGAGGUGAUGUAUGCCUACGUGGACCAACUUGACUUCUGUGAAAAAGAAUUUGUUUCAGCCCUGCGCACAUUCCUAGAAGGUUUCCGCCUACCUGGGGAAGCCCAGAAGAUUGACCGGUUAAUGGAGAAAUUCGCUGCAAGAUACAUAGAGUGCAACCAAGGGCAAACUCUGUUUGCUAGUGCUGACACCGCAUAUGUCCUAGCAUAUUCAAUUAUUAUGCUAACUACAGACUUACACAGUCCUCAGGUAAAAAACAAGAUGACUAAAGAGCAGUAUAUUAAAAUGAAUAGAGGUAUCAAUGAUAGUAAAGACCUACCAGAAGAGUACCUCUCAAGCAUCUAUGAAGAGAUAGAAGGCAAGAAGAUUGCAAUGAAAGAAACAAAAGAGCAUACGAUUGCAACCAAAUCUACUAAGCAGAGUGUAGCUAGUGAAAAGCAGCGGCGGCUGCUGUACAAUCUGGAGAUGGAGCAAAUGGCUAAAACAGCCAAAGCUCUCAUGGAGGCCGUGAGUCAUGCCAAAGCCCCGUUUACAAGUGCCACUCACUUGGACCAUGUCCGGCCAAUGUUCAAACUGGUGUGGACACCACUGUUGGCAGCCUAUAGCAUUGGACUACAGAACUGUGACGACACUGAAGUGGCCUCACUGUGUUUGGAAGGCAUCCGAUGUGCAAUCCGAAUUGCCUGCAUCUUUGGAAUGCAACUGGAACGAGAUGCCUAUGUUCAGGCUCUUGCUCGCUUCUCCCUGCUCACAGCCAGCUCCAGCAUCACUGAAAUGAAGCAGAAAAACAUUGACACCAUAAAGACGCUUAUUACAGUGGCUCACACCGACGGCAACUAUCUUGGGAAUUCCUGGCAUGAGAUCUUGAAGUGCAUCAGCCAGCUGGAGCUUGCUCAGCUGAUAGGAACCGGUGUGAAGACCCGCUACCUGUCUGGGUCUGGACGUGAAAGAGAAGGGAGCCUGAAGGGCCACACGCUGGCAGGAGAAGAGUUCAUGGGCCUUGGCCUUGGUAAUUUGGUGAGUGGUGGAGUGGAUAAAAGACAGAUGGCCAGCUUCCAGGAGUCAGUUGGUGAGACCAGCUCACAAAGUGUGGUUGUGGCUGUGGACAGAAUUUUUACUGGUUCUACCAGAUUGGAUGGAAAUGCAAUAGUUGACUUUGUCCGCUGGCUAUGUGCUGUUUCCAUGGAUGAGCUGGCAUCCCCCCACCAUCCUCGCAUGUUCAGCUUGCAGAAGAUUGUGGAGAUAUCGUAUUACAACAUGAAUCGGAUCCGACUGCAGUGGUCCCGAAUAUGGCAUGUGAUUGGAGAUCAUUUUAAUAAGGUUGGCUGUAACCCCAAUGAAGAUGUAGCUAUCUUUGCUGUUGACUCGUUAAGGCAGCUCUCCAUGAAGUUUCUUGAGAAGGGUGAAUUGGCCAACUUCCGUUUCCAGAAAGAUUUUCUGAGGCCCUUCGAGCAUAUUAUGAAGAAAAACAGGUCUCCAACCAUCCGGGACAUGGUGAUCCGCUGCAUUGCCCAGAUGGUGAACUCCCAGGCAGCAAACAUCCGUUCUGGCUGGAAGAACAUUUUUGCUGUGUUCCAUCAAGCAGCCUCUGAUCACGAUGGAAACAUUGUGGAGCUGGCCUUCCAGACCACGGGCCACAUUGUCACAACUAUUUUCCAGCACCAUUUCCCUGCAGCCAUCGAUUCCUUUCAGGAUGCUGUGAAGUGUUUGUCAGAGUUUGCCUGCAACGCUGCUUUCCCCGACACGAGCAUGGAAGCCAUCCGGCUUAUCCGUUUCUGUGGGAAAUAUGUCUCUGAGAGGCCUCGGGUGCUACAAGAAUACACAAGUGAUGACAUGAAUGUAGCUCCUGGAGACAGAGUAUGGGUCCGGGGCUGGUUCCCCAUCUUAUUUGAACUCUCCUGCAUCAUUAACAGAUGCAAGUUGGAUGUACGGACAAGAGGACUCACAGUCAUGUUUGAGAUCAUGAAGAGCUAUGGCCAUACCUUUGAAAAGCACUGGUGGCAGGACCUGUUCAGAAUUGUAUUUCGGAUUUUCGACAACAUGAAACUCCCUGAGCAACAGUCAGAGAAAUCUGAAUGGAUGACAACAACCUGCAAUCAUGCACUUUAUGCUAUUUGUGAUGUAUUUACCCAGUUUUAUGAAGCUUUGAACGAAGUUCUUCUCUCUGAUGUAUUUGCACAAUUGCAGUGGUGUGUAAAACAAGAUAAUGAACAAUUGGCUCGAUCAGGUACAAAUUGUUUAGAAAACUUAGUGAUAUCCAAUGGAGAGAAAUUCAGCCCUGAUGUUUGGGAUGAAACAUGCAACUGUAUGUUGGAUAUUUUCAAAACAACUAUCCCACACGUUUUGCUGACAUGGAGACCUGUAGGAAUGGAGGAAGAAUCAUCAGAAAAACAUUUGGAUGUGGACCUGGACCGCCAGUCUUUAAGCAGCAUAGAUAAAAAUGCCUCUGAGAGAGGCCAGAGCCAAAUCUCUAACCCAACGGAUGACAGCUGGAAGGGCCGACCAUAUGCAAAUCAGAAACUGUUUGCCAGCCUCCUCAUCAAGUGUGUGGUCCAGCUGGAAUUGAUACAGACCAUUGACAACAUCGUGUUCUACCCUGCCACGAGCAAAAAGGAGGACGCAGAGCACAUGGUUGCUGCGCAGCAAGACACACUGGAUGCAGACAUUCACAUAGAGACGGAGGACCAGGGCAUGUAUAAGUACAUGUCCUCCCAGCACCUCUUCAAGCUCUUGGACUGCUUGCAGGAGUCCCAUUCAUUCUCAAAAGCCUUCAACUCCAAUUAUGAGCAGCGGACUGUCCUCUGGCGGGCAGGCUUUAAAGGCAAAUCUAAACCCAAUCUUCUAAAACAAGAAACUAGCAGCCUGGCCUGUUGUUUGAGGAUUCUGUUUCGAAUGUAUGUCGAUGAGAACCGCAGGGAUUCCUGGGAGGAAAUACAGCGGCGACUUCUAACUGUGUGCAGUGAAGCUCUUGCCUAUUUCAUCACGGUGAAUUCUGAAAGCCAUCGGGAGGCCUGGACAAGUCUCCUGUUGUUACUUCUAACUAAAACCCUCAAAAUAAAUGACGAAAAGUUCAAAGCACAUGCUUCCAUGUACUACCCCUACUUGUGUGAGAUUAUGCAGUUUGACUUGAUCCCUGAGCUCCGAGCAGUCCUGCGGAAGUUCUUCCUGCGGAUAGGCGUCGUAUAUAAGAUAUGGAUUCCAGAAGAGCCAUCACAGGCACCAGCAACACAGUCACCAGUGUGGUAGCCCUGGCCCUUGUGGGCCACUGCUGCAGCUCUGCAGAAUGUUCAUCAUGCCAUCUCCGACUGGCACAGCUCGGGAAGGGUCAUAGAAACAAUGAGUAGGCAUCUUGGAUCUCAGGACAGCCUGGAUAUGGGUGGCCUCUAAGCUGGUCCCAUCACAGUCCCCGACUAAGGCUUGUGGUAUUUCAUUAAACUGUUGCAUACCCAGUUAACUCAGUAGGUGGUAUUUUAUUAAACUGUUGCAUACCCGGUUAACACAGCCUUGAGAAAUGUUUGGUUUUGGCCAGCCGAACUCUUACCUACUUUUUCCUUCCUGUCUGUCAUUCCAUUUUACUGAUUAAACUGUCGAAUCUGUCAUUGCAAAUGCCAUCAUUUUCUAGCAGAGUCCCACGAUUGGCUAUAAAUGUUUUGUCAGAAGUCACUCUCCUUGAAAAUACUGAACGUAGCUGUAUAGGUUUGUGAUUAUUAGAGAGUAUGUUAAUAAAAUUUCUUGUAACGGCUCACUGCCAUCUAAAAUAUGCUGGGAUUUUUUGUUGUUGUUUGAGUGUGUUAAGUUUGAGUGUUUUGUCAGUUAUGAGUCAGCUGUAGUUGAUUAGUUUGGGAAAGGGUGGGGAAAGGAAGGGUUUUUUUUUGUUUGUUUCGUUAAUGUCUGAGUGAUUUUUAAAGUAUUUUACAAAAAGAUAUUAUUGGAGGUUGAUUGAAGACAGAGUAAUUAAGUUAGAAUUAAGAGCUUGCAAGGUUAAAUACAAAUGUAGUGCCUCAUGGCUCUCCUUUUAGUAACGUGGGGAGGAAAAGUCUAUAGGCAAAAGUAAAUUUAAUGAAGAUACAUCCUUGAAGUAUGUAUUCAUGGAUGGGUGUUAAAUUACAAUUUCCAGAAUACAUUCUCCAUCUCAUGCACUCUGAAAUCUAAUAUAUGAAGUAGUAGGAAAAAUGAAGUAGUAAUUUAACCAGAAUUCAUUUAUCUUUGAAUAAACCUUUUUAUUUUUACCUCAGAAGAGUAUACUGAUGGUUAGUACUGCUGCUUUGCACAGCCCCCAUUACAGGGCCCUUGAGAUUAGGACAGUAACUGUGCAUAGAAGCAUCACUCCUGUGAACCACCUCAGCCAAAUGUCACGAGUGGAACCAGCACUGUCCUGGGGCCCGCACAGCUGAACUGUGACAGUAGCAGGAGGUGGCAUGUGCCCAGCACUUCCAUUAUUUUGAGCCUAGGAGCUGCGUUCUUUGACGGGUUAGAUUCUGAGGUCCUGAUUAUGUUAAUGAUGGUGCAAUACUCUUAUCUGCAGUAGAAGUGAAUUCUGAUGCAGCUUGUCUAGUAAAAGUGGGCAGUAUACAAGUACUGCCCAAAGCCUGCAAGCAGUGUCUUGGAAGCUUAGUUUAUUCUGAGUCCAUGAGAAAGAGAACAUGUCCUCCAUCCUCUGCCCUCAUCCAGUGCUCCUUUAGAGCAGCACUGAGCAUCAGAAGUGUCACGCUGAGUGAGUGAAACAUUCAGACUUCCGCCUGUGCUCUUUAGUCCUGUAAAUUGGGUUGUAUCGAUGUCAACUAUGGUGCCUUAGAAGUUAGUAGUUUGGGAACAUAUCUGUAAAAUCAGAUAUUUUUUCUUUCUAGAGAAGGAUUUCUGGUGCUUUUGCUUGCUAAGAGACCAAUUUCUUAAGUUUUCUUUUUUGUUUUAACAGCCUGCCUUGAGAAAUGUUUGGUUUUGGCCAACAGAACUCUUGUCUCCUUUUUUCUUUCUCAAAGUGUUUUAAUUUCUCUACCAAAGAAAAAAAGAGCAGGUUUAGGUUUUUGCAUUAUUUACAUACAUUGGAUAAGAGCUAUGUAAUUAAGCAAGGAAGAACUAUGUGAGAAUAUUUUAGGAUAUUUUACUGUGAAUGGAAAAUGUUAGCACAUUUCACUUACUCUCCUGGAAUCCAUUACCUCUUCACUCUUUUCCUUUAAACUUGUCUUCCCUGGUCUCAUAGUUCAUCAUAAUCCCAACAAGUCAGUCAUCUCCAUUGAUUUUUGUACUAAAGGCAUAAAUGGGGAAUAUGCAUGUUCAUUCACUAGUACAUCUUACGUAUCACUAUAUCCCCAAUUGGUGAUUUUUCCUUUUCUUCUGAGGGUCUUGUAUGGCAUUUUCUUUAUUUAAUGUGACUCUUAAGACUUUGCAAGAGUAUUCCUGCCGCCUCUUUAAUUUUUGCCUCUUUCAGGGUAAGAAAUAUAUCAGUAUGUUUUAUCACUUGCUGAAAACAUUCAGGCUUGAAUUUUUUAAUUUUAUCUUUUCAAAGAUUUAAUUUUCUGAAUGAGGCAUUUGAAUUGUACCAGCAAUGGACUUUUAAAAAACUGGAUAUAAAACCAUUCAGGGUAAUUUUUCUUGUCAGUGGACAGUGACGAACAGAGGAAAUCCCUUACCUCCAGUAAUAAGCCAUUCCUCCUAAAUUCUUUUUUAUGAAUAAAUCUAUUCUUUCUCAUGGUAAAUGUGGCUUCUGCCACUCAAACACUAGUGAAAGGGUGUGUGCAACUCCGCAACAUCAGGCCAGAACACCAUUCACUUAACAAAGUUAUGGAGGAGAGUGAACAUUUUCCAAGGGCUUAUUUCUUUUUCAGAAUGCUUUAAGUGUUGAUUAUAUGUUCUGGGUCUCUAGAGAAGUUUUAAUUUGUUAUAAUACUGCUGCUUUGAGCAAUUUUUUCUUACUGCUGUUAGGGAAAUCACCAGCUCUGGCAUCUUAACAACAAACCACGAAUGGGAAAUUUUCUUUCUAAUAUGCAUCAUUAGAGUCCAAUAUGCCUUUUCCCUGUGCUCCUCACAUACAACCAAAGAACAUGCAGUAUGAAAAUUGUAUAAUAAUAUUGGGAAACACACCAUUUUCCCCUGACAGGUGACUUUUGUACAAAAUGCAAAAAUACCUAAUCUUUUUUGGGUUUUUCAUGAUUACGGCUAUACAUUUAAUAGUCUUUAUAGUUAUUAAAGGAACCUGCCAAGUACAAGUAUGAUGAUCUCAUUCAAAUGUUUGUUGUUACGAUGCAAAUGGAUAUUGGUUUCAAUAGAAGCUGGAUCCUUAAUACUAUAUUUUCUGGAUUCUCUUUUAAUAUUUGUGUUAAAGUAAACAUAGCUUGAACUUACAUGAAAUCCUAGAAAUUUGUUAUCAGCAGCUUUGCAAUUUGGGAAAUAAACCAAAGCUGAAUAUUUUAAAGAAUGAAUACAUCUGGAAAUCCUUGCUCUCCAACAAAACAAAACAAAACAAAGCACUCUUUGUCAAAAGGUAUAGUUUUUUUCAGUGUUCUAAUUUUUAAAAAAUUUUAUCUGCAUAUUUGCAUAAAAUAUUUCUUUAUGUGCAAAAUGUAUGUUUUACCUCCAUAAAAUGCCUAAAAGUUAGUUAAUAGUUACUUUGGUUGAAUCUAUACACGAUGAUUAAGUGCAUUUAAUAUUAGUAAUUUAAUGAAAAGCAUUCCUUGCCCAAUGGAUGUAUACAUUUUUGAAAGAAUAAGCAGAAUUAUAUAAUAUGAAAUGCUAUGUAAAUUUUUCUAUGUAAAAAUAUUAUGUAUAAUACUGUUAAAAUAUCUCAUGCUUUGAUCAGGUGGUAAAUCAAUAAAGUUUUAAAAAGUA